AUGAAAAUGAAGUUCAAUAAAAACGGAGGAAUACGACCAUCGAAGGAACCGAUUCUCAACGACGCCCUUUUGGAGUGCUGGAAAGAGUGCUUGAAGUGGAGUGAUUUCGACGAGCUGCGCGAAGAAGUCGACCGUUUCAACAAAACCUCGAAUCACAUAAAACGAGGAAUAGCUGUGAGUGCAACCCGGAUGGGUUUAGCGUCUCCUGGACCUAACGAACAG